UUCAGUUCAUUUUAGUAAUACUACUACGUACAUCGCAAUGGCCCCCAAAACAAUCAAGCCACAAAGCUAUCAUCUUCCUUACUCUUACACCUAAUAAUUGCUCUGUAAUGGAAACCCAAGCAAUUUUCCUAAUCCUAAUACUAUUAUCCACGAUCCGGUUAAGCAGUGCCGAUGGAGGCGAAUGGUCCGCCGCUCACGCGACUUUCUACGGAGGCGCCGAUGCAUCUGGUACCAUGGGUGGAGCUUGCGGCUAUGGAGAUCUGUACGGCGAAGGGUAUGGAGACGGAAAUGCUGCUUUGAGCACCGCCCUUUUCGAAGACGGGCUGAGCUGCGGUGCUUGCUUUGAAAUCAAGUGCGUCGACGACGGCGAGCAGUGUUUUCCGGGCUCAAUUCUUGUGACAGCUACGAAUUUCUGCCCUCCGAGUUCGCUGCCCAGUGAUGCCGGAGGAUGGUGUAAUCCUCCAUUGAAACACUUUGAUCUGUCCCAGCCUAUUUUCCAGCACAUUGCGCAGUACAGAGCUGGAAUCGUCCCCGUUCAGUACCGAAGGGUUCCUUGCAAAAAGAGUGGCGGCAUCAAAUUCACGAUAACAGGUCACUCCUACUACAACCUGGUACUGGUAACUAACGUAGGAGGCGCAGGGAAUGUUGUUCAUGUCUCCAUCAAGGGAUCCAACACCAGUUGGUUACCAAUGUCUCACAAUUGGGGCCAAAACUGGCAAAGCAACGCAUACCUCGAUGGACAAGCACUGUCUUUCGAGGUCACGACCAGUGAUGGCAUCUCUAUAGUCUCCGACAAUGUGGCUCCUAUGAGUUGGUCUUUCGGUCAGACGUUUACUGGUGGGCAGUUUUCCAGUGCACACUCCCCUGGUUCACAGCAACCAACUCACGAGCCCUACGGACAGCAACCCACUCGUGAGCCCUAUAGACAGCAACCCACUCGCAAGCCCUACAGUGGCCCGUCCACAGGGAGCCAAUCAUCUGCUUCCAAUUCAUUGUCGACAAUCAGAGUCAGAUGUCUUAAUUUUUUGGGACUUCUUAUAGCUUUUGUAGAAGCAUGGACGCUCUUUUGGUUGCAUUGUCUUUAAGAGAGCUAUUCAAAAUAUUGCAAACUAGCGUGUAUAUAUCGUAUUCACGAGUCGCUUGAUACGGAAAGAUCUUGUGCUAAGCAUUUUGUUUGCUGAAUAAGCUUCUUACGUAGUAUGACUGUUGAAGGAGUAUAUAUAUAUUGUAAGAAGUAUAUACUCCAUAAUACAGAGUAUCUUGUACUACGUAAUGAACUUUUUCUUUAAAAAAAAUACGAUAGUAUCUUGUAAUGAACUAAAAAAAUCACACUUCUAGUUUUGAGAACUGCCAACAAGAGAUUGAAAAGCAUUUGUACU